CUUUCCAGCUGCUCCACCGUGCCGCCCUAUCGUAAUACAGGCAUGUUAUUUAUCCUCUGUGAAGAAGGAUUAAUAUUGCAGUUUGCUCAGGAGCUGUGACCGUCCCCGGUAUCCGUGUUCCUGGACUGUACUGCGUCCAGGUGGCCGAGAUGCACACACCGGAAGGAGGAGCACGACGUCCAUCGAAUUGAAGCUAAAAAUGCGGCAGAAAUUGUUUUAUGGAAUCAUGUCAUAACUGUGGAUUCACUCAAUCGCACGGUCCGCCAUCUUGUUCUCUCUUACGUCGCUUAAUUGUGAAUACGUUUUGUUGUUUUACUCUGAGAACAUCUCGCAAAGUUGCUGUUCGCGGGCUGCCGUCCCCGCCAUGUGUUUUUUGGACUCUCAAACCGCAAGAAUGCUCGGCUCCGGGUCGAUUUACGUCACGCAUCUCGGGCCCGCUUUUUCCAGCUCCCGGUAGGAGUGCGAUGAGGUAAACAGCGAGAAGAAAAACAAGCCAGAGCAGGUUUCUUUUCUUUUUUUCUUUUUUUUUGUGAAUGGGACUUUCUCUCUCUCUCUCUUUCUUUCUCUCUCUCUCUCUCUCGCUCUCUUUUUUUUGUGAAUGAAAAACAACUGGAAAGUCCUGCACGAGCCUUCCCCCCCCCCCCCCCGGACUCUUUUUGGCAGCGGCGCCGAUUGGCUGCCGGGCCCGCAGCCCCACCCUUUUUCUCCGCCGGGAAGCGCUCGCGAUUGGCUGGAGGGCGGGGCUCGGCCUUCAUUCAUAAGUCGCAGCAUUCACAAAGGCUUGAAACUGGAGACCCGAAAGAGGAAAUGCACUAAUCACGAAGCUCCUUUGACAAAAAAAAAAAAAAAGAAAAAGAAAACGCAGGUUGAAGUCGAUCGUUGAAUCCCUCGGAACAGAUUUUGUCGAGUUUAACUUUUAAGUGUUGAAUUCGACACAAAAGCAGUGAUAAGCAUGCUGUGCAGUCACUGACCAUUACUUCCCCUCGGCGGUUUUUUUUUUUUUUUUUUUUUUGUGAAUGGAGCUUAUUAUGCAUGCAUCCUCCACGCAGCUCCAUUCACCUCCUCCUCCUUCUCGUCCCCUCCUCCUCUUCCUCGCUAGUCCUCCACCUCCUCCCUGGUCAGGCUUUUUUUUUUUUUGUUUUUUUUUUGUGUGUGCAGGCUGCAUGCGCGGCUCCGUUCCGCUUCGGCCCAAAUGACCGCAGACGGCUGACGGAUGGACCGGAUCAUGGAUGCAUAUUUGGACCAGCAAGUGCCUUUCACGUUAGCAAACAAGUCGCAAGGAAAUGGGCCCCCAAAUAGACUCUUGAUGGCCGCCAAAAGGAAAUACAUGGACACAGAAUUGCCCCCUCAGGAAUCCGAAGACCUCUUCCAGGAUUUAAGCCAACUCCAAGAGACGUGGCUGACAGAAGCUCAGGUUCCCGACAGCGACGAGCAGUUUGUUCCGGAUUUCCACUCCGAGAACUCGGUGGCCUUCCACAGCCCGCCCGUCACCAUCAAGAAAGAGCCGCAGAGCCCGGGCUCGGACCCCAGUCAGUCGUGCAGCCACAAGCCCAACUUUGGCUUCGGCGCCGGCGGAGAGCAGUGCCUUUAUGCCAGUGCCUAUGAGCAAAAAAGGGGCGCCCCAGGGGGCGCCAAGCGGUCCUGCCCGGGCACCCCCAUGUCCCCAAUGCAGCAGCAUUACUCCCCAAAACCCGCGGCGAGCGGCCGGCCCGACGCCGGCUACAUGAACCCAACCGCCGCUUCGCAGCCGCUGCCCAGCAACGCCUACCCCCUCAACGCCAGAUAUCAGGGCCCCUCGGGAGACCCCGUGUGCCCCCAGUUCCCCGCCACCUCGCAGGCCUUCCAGCGGAUGGCCUCCGCCCCGGCGGGACACGGCGGCGGUGGACUCCCGGGCGGGGGCGGGGGCGGGGGCUACCACCGGCAGCACUCGGACCCCUGCGCGCCCUACCUACAGCAGAGCUUCAAGCAAGAGUACAUGGACCCCCUGUACGAGCGGGUGGGUCACUGCGCGGGACCGGGGCAAGGCCGGGGGCGCGGACCCCAACACCCGCACCCGCACAGGUUCCCGCCGGCGCACAUGAUGGUCAAGCAGGAGCCCGCAGAUUACACCUACGACACAGAUGUGCCCGGAUGUUCUUCCAUGUAUCACCACAGUGAGGCCUUCGUGACCCCCCAGCCGGCCCCCGAAGGUUACGGCUUUGAGAACGACUCCCGCGUGGUUCCGGAAAAGUUUGAAGGCGAAGUCAAGCAGGAAGCGGGCGGCGGCGGCGGCGGGGGGGGCGUGUUCCGAGAGGGGACGCCCUACCAGCGGCGGGGCUCGCUGCAGCUGUGGCAGUUCCUGGUGGCCCUCCUGGACGACCCCGGCAACGCGCACUUCAUUGCCUGGACCGGCCGCGGGAUGGAGUUCAAGCUCAUCGAGCCCGAAGAGGUCGCCCGACUGUGGGGGAUGCAGAAGAACCGGCCCGCCAUGAACUACGACAAGCUGAGUCGCUCUCUGCGCUACUACUACGAGAAGGGAAUCAUGCAGAAGGUGGCGGGCGAGCGCUACGUGUACAAGUUCGUGUGCGAGCCCGAGGCGCUCAUCUCGCUGGCGUUCCCCGACAAUCAGCGGCCCAGCCUGAAGGCCGAGUUCGAGCGCUACGUCAACGAGGAGGACACGGUGCCGCUGUCCCACCUGGACGAGGGGGGCGCGCCCUACAACGCCGCCGGCGAACACCCCCCCCACGGCGUCCAGCCCUACUCCAAAGGCUACAUGUACUAAAUCCCCUCGCUUGUACCCUAAAACUACUUCCUACCCCCCCCCCCCCCCCAAUUUUGCCUUCCCAUUGCACCUAUUGCACACGCAGCCCCCACCCUCCCUCUCGCCCCCCUCCCACUCCCCAUGUAUAUACACACACACACACACACACUACAACUACGGUGUUUUUGUUUUUAAAUUAAUCUCACGAGGGAGUUUUGUUUCGCGGGCCUUCGCGUCCAAUCCGAGGCCUCCAAACACGACUUUGGAUCAAGAGAUUGCUUAAUAAAUACUCCAACAAAUUAUCAACGCAUUUGUCUCCUGACUGCUUAUUAACAAAACAACACUAUUUACGUUUGCGCCACGAAUGUUUUUAAUGGUUUGAAAUGAAAUUGGAUACUUGCAAAACGUCCUAUAAUUCACAUUUAGUAUUUUACGAUAUUUACAAUAUGAGAUAUAGUUUGUAGCAAGACUUUUUAAUGCAUUUGGAAGAUAUGAUUAAAACUUGAUAAUCCUUUUACAAAUGAUAUUAAAAUAGUCUUACUACAAAAGCUCUGUCAUAUUCAAAAAUUAUAGCACGACCUUGAUGACACGUUUAUUAUGAAUUUUUUUACAACGGCGUCAAUCUACCAAUUA